AUGAAUGAGCGAACAAAGGUGGAAGAGAAAGAAGAAAAGACAUCAAGCUGGGGAAGACUCGAGACUUGCUGGUUGGUCUUUGUAGAUGUGCCGUCGCUCUGCCAGCCAUCUUCUUUUGCGGGCAUCCCAGCCACGCCCAACCACCCGAAUUAUGCUAUUCGGCUGCAUCCUGGUCCCGCCCCAGGCCAGGGAGCUCUCUUGGUUUCGCGGUUUUCUUUGCAAGGGGUCAGUUUAGAAGACGAUAGGUGUUCCAGAGGCCUGAACUGCGUCCGCAGGGCCGCGAAGACGCUCGUCGCUGUUCGUGGUUGCGGCGGCCGUCAUGGGCGCAGUAUUCUCAGCAUAGCAGCCGCUCAACCUUCCAGCCAGCGACAGUGA